GUUAUUCUUGGAACUGGCAAUAUUUGACUAUUUUGUGCAAGUAAAAAUAUAAAAUGGAUAACGCAAUCAUUAUCAAUGAUAAUGAGUCAAACAAAGAAAGUGAAGCUUUCACAAAAGUGAUUAAAAACGAUGAAGGUGAUGCCUUAGGUACUUCUUUACCCAUGGGUAAGAAUAUUAUAGCAAAAAUGCCUGUGAGCAUUGACUCUGAAUGUUACAAUAUGGAACAUAAACACAGAGGUCAUGCUAUAAUAUUCAACCACAAAACUUUCAAUGUGUCUCAACUCAAAGAAAGGCACGGCACUGAUGUUGAUGGCAAUAAUUUGGAGAAUAUACUGAAGAAUUUAGGCUUCAAAGUGGCUAUAUGCCAUGACUAUAAAUUCAAAGAUAUGUAUAAAGUCUUAGAAGACUUAGCUUCCAUGGACCACACAGAUAAUGAUUGUAUCAUCGUGUCAAUUUUAAGCCAUGGUGAAAUGGGUACAAUUUAUGCUAAAGACACUCCGUAUAAAUUAGACUCCUUACUCGGCAUGUUCACUGCAGACCGAUGUCCUACACUCGCUGGUAAGCCCAAAAUAUUUUUCAUUCAAGCUUGCCAGGGUGAUCAAUUAGAUGAAGGUGUCACUCUAAGCAAUCGGACAGAAACAGAUGGAUCAGCCUAUUCAUAUAGAAUACCUUCCCAAGCUGACUUUUUAAUAGCUUAUUCCACAAUUCCUGGCUAUUACUCCUGGAGGAACACAACAAAUGGUUCAUGGUUUAUGCAGGCUUUGUGCAAUGAAUUGCAAUUAAAUGGUAAAACAAGGGAUUUGUUGACUCUUCUUACUUUUGUUUGUCGUAGGGUUGCUACUGACUUUGAAUCGAAUACGCCUGAUAGUAUUAUAAUGCAUCGUAAGAAGCAGAUACCAUGCAUAACAUCUAUGCUCACUCGGUUAGUUUUCUUUCCUAAAAAGUUACAUGGUCAAAAACUAGAGAUAAAGAAGAACCCUCUAAAGAUGUUUUAUAAUAAAUAAAAAUAAAUUAUAUACUCAUCAUUGCAUAAAUC